AUGCAGCAUAUUAAAGAUGAAAUUAGGAUAAAGGUUUUUAUCGCCAAGAACCCAUUAACAAAAUCCGAAUGGUUGAUAAUACGUUAUGGAGAAGCCAGUGCAUUAUUUUGUGUAAUAAGAUUAGAUCCCACAUUUGUGAUAUCAAGAUACUCCAUUCAAAGAUUGUUAUUGAAUAUAGACAAUCAAGAACACAAUGCUUUACAACAAGAAGUCAAGUCUCUCUGGAAAAACAAUUUACCUUUUGUACUUACCUAUUUAUUAAAUGAAAAAUACAAUGAAGAGUUAUUUUCAAAAAUAAAUGAUGUGAAGCUGGUUCACUUUCUAUCCGCAGGUCCUAAUAUAUUCACUCCGUUUCCUCUUAGAUUAAAAGAGCUUCAAUUAGAACAUGGUCCAGUUGGUCCAUACAUUCACCAACAAUCAAUUACUGAAGAAUAUCCAUCCAAAAAUGGAGAUAAAAAUUUAGCAAAGCCUUUUGAUUUUUUGGGUCAAGUAAGUUUUCAAGCAAGACCAGUAACAGUUUUAAUGCUUAGAGUGCAACCUUUAUUAAGAAAUAUCAAUCAAAGAAUACAAAAUCAACCAGGAAGGCUUAGAAUUCGAAGGCGACAACUUAAUGCUCAAAUUAAUAACGAAGAUACAAUAUAUCGACUCACAAACCUUCCUCAACAGCCAAUUACAAAUAAUCCAUUUAUUGAUUCAUUUUUUCAGGGGACUUCUUUCCAAUAAAGACGUAUAUAUGUAGUGCGCAGCAGAUGUCGAUUUGCGUGAGCAGAUGACGGCUGGCCUAGUAAUGCUGGCCAAAACACUUAAGGCGUUAUAAUACUGGCCAAUAUCGGCCGAUAAUGUAGGCCGG